AGAGAGAGAGAGAGAGAGAGAGAGAGAGAAUUUCCAGCUGAUCACUGGAAACCAGCAGCAGUAGCAGCAGCACUCGGAUCAGCUGCAUGACUAUCCUGCGGUGUGGUCAUGGCUGGAUUCUUUCUACCUGUGCUGUUGCUUCUCCCCCUGGUGGUCUCUGUCCCCUCCCCUUCCAGGUCACCACCUACCAAAUACUGCCGCAGGUGCUGUGAUCACCUGGACCCACCUCUUGUCAACUCGCCUCGUCCCGUGGCCUAUCAGACGCCAGAAGUUCGGACGUUCAUCAACAUGACCAUUCUCAAAGGAGAUAAAGGCGAUCGAGGUGAGAGAGGAACUCCAGGGAAGGCAGGAGCGGAAGGUCCUCCAGGUUCCAGAGGUGCCAUCGGCCCUAAAGGCAGCAAAGGCCAAGCCGGAGCACCAGGAGACCCCUGCAAGACACAGCACUCAUCCUUCUCGGUGGGCCGCAGGAAGGCCCUCCACAGCGACGACUAUUACCAGGCGCUGCUCUUCGACACCGUCUUCGUCAACCUCGACGAACACUUCAACAUGUUCAAAGGCAAGUUCUACUGCUAUGUGCCGGGUAUUUACUUCUUUAACAUCAACAUCCACACGUGGAACUUCAAGGAGACCUACCUACACCUGAUGCAGAACGAACGCGAGCAGGUGAUCCUGUAUGCGCAACCCAGUGACCGGUCCAUCAUGCAAAGCCAGAGCGUUAUGCUUACCCUCGAGCUUAACGAUGAAGUCUGGGUGCGCCUCUUCAAGCGCGAGCGUGAGAAUGCCAUUUACAGCGAUGACGUUGACGUCUACAUCACCUUUAAUGGCUACCUGGUGGCUCCUGCCGCGUAAAAAAAAAGGGCGCUGUAAGGAUGGUUUCCCGAUACUGAGAGUGGGAAUUAUGGAUUGAGGCUUCUCUCAGGGAAAACGCGUGCCAAUGGAGUUCUCUGAAGAGGAAGGAAACAGUGCUAAUUUAAUAAUAACAAUGUAUUAGGUACAUUUAGUUGACAGGUGAUUUACAUAUUGGUGCUAAAACUAGCUGACUAACUAACGACUCAAUUUGGUACCUUUGGUACAUUUUGGCCCUUUAUUUUGCUGCGUUACAUAUGAUUGAUUUGGCUGCAGAGCAGCUUCAUUAACUUAUCAGUGGGCAAAGGUGUGCAGAAUAUCCUUCAAGUCUUCUUAGAAGCUUUUUUUCUGAGCACAGAAUUGUUCAUUGUGAAAGGAAACCAGGUCACCUGUACUGUAUUUGUCCUUCCAAAAAAAAAAAUAUCCAUCACUUCCUGAAAGGGGGUUGAGUGGAAAAUACUCCAGACUUACAUAAGCAUUUGGCCCGGCUCAUCGUCUUUACUUUUUACAGUGUCUCUGGAACCAGUCUGGUCUGUUUUGUUGAGGUCUUUGCUUAUACCAGCUGGACAGGCUUUUUCAAUGCCAUUAAAACCAAUACAGAGUGACAGGAGUGAAGGUGCAGCAGCAGCAAUACCUGUGCAGGAACCAAAAACCCAACCCAUCCUGCUAACUGGCAAAAAAAAAAAAAGCAGUCAAAUUUUGGCAGUCAUAACAUAAUCAUCCUGUCUUUUUUUUUUUUUUCUUUUUAAAUGCAUGAAUAAGGCAUAAGGUAGUUGGCAUGUGGUACAUGAUAAAUCCAUUAUGAAGUGAUGCGGUUAGAUGAACCAUGUAAAUUUUAUUCCCAUUCAGUUUACUGUUGCUGUAAUGACCUACACCUGGAUUUUAGAUAUAUAUUCAUUGGUAUAAAUGAUCAGCUGCCUAUAAUAGUAGUAUAAGCAGUCGGCUGGCUGUUUAUCAAUUAGAAUAACAAUUGUUUUUGUCCUUUGGUGCAUUUUAGUAGAUGUUUAAUUUGGGUGCCAAAUAGUAAUAAUUUAAAGGCUACAUUAAUUAAAUUGAUUGUUUUUAGUUAGAUGUUGGGUGAUAUGAAGUGACCUAAACAGUGUACAAUCAAUAAGACAAAUAUGAUUAUGCACAAAAUCAGUAAUAUUAUUGCAAUUCUGUGGUUAAAGUGGUUUUAAAAAGAGUGGUUUAAAAUAUUCUUGUAUUGGCAGGUUUUAUUUGUCACUUCUCUCGCUGCACCUAUAUCAGAUUAGAGAAUUUUGUGAUUGCCCUGAAAACAGCAUUUCGGCAAGAAGAAGAAAACUUGGCUGAUGACCAACCAAAUUAGCAUUACAGAUUUGAUGCGCUUCUAAACUAUGCUUGCAAAAGCCUGAAAGCUUUUAUACUUGCUUUGAUGUUAAGAUAAUGCACACGGAGGGAUUAAUUCUGAACAUGAUUUAGCACUUAAGUAUGACAAAAAGGAGGCUUAAUGGCAAAAUGUCCCUAAAGAAUAGCCAACUGGCGAUGAAUUUUAAACAACUUGGCACAGUAAAUGUGCUUUUCUGACUCAUAUAUCGAUACACCCCAUUACUCAUGAUUGCACUGUGUGAAGCCCACACUGUCACAUAGUGGACUGCUAGGAUGGGACGACAUGGAGGAACUUGGGGUCAGCAGAACAUUGUGGAAAUAAACAGAGUGCCGUAAAAGUGUCUAAACUGAACCGUCUUAAGACAGUGCCGGUGAUGUUGAUUGGAGCUGAAAGAAAAAGAGGCCACCCAUCUGUCUCUGGAAGGAAACCCAGCUGCGUUAGAGCUGCUGUGUUUAUAGACACCAGAAACAGGAAACCAGACCAACUAUCUGUAAUCACAACCAGGGAACAAGUCAGUAAGAGAGAGUAAUGAAGGA